CAUUCCUCAAUUAUCUGUUAAGUAGUAUAAAUGGUGCCACAGAUAUGGAGAGGCAGAGAAAUCUCUGGAAGAGCAGCAAAACCCAGCUGAUGAUGAAGGACGACCACAACAUCACCGUCGGUCGAUAUGGGGGAACCAACACUACUAGUACUAGAUCCUCAUGGAGCAACAACAACACCAUCACCACCAUUGCUUCCAGCGGCGGCGCUGGAGGAGAACACCACCACCACCGCCGCCACCACCAGCAAGACUGCUACCUCACCGGCGGCGGCUUCUCGUGGCCGCCCAGAUCCUACACGUGCAGCUUCUGCAAGCGAGAGUUCCGAUCCCCCUAGGUUCUCGGCAGCCACAUGAACGUCAACUGACAGGCGGGACCACGCCCGCCUACGCCAGUCACCA